GGAGGGAGAAGAAGGGGAAAGUAAAAGAAACACGAAACUGAAGCCUCCACUCUGUUAAGAAAGAUUGCUGGAAAACCUGGAUUGAAAAGAGCUACCCCUCGAGGGUCCCGGUACUCGCCACUCCAGUGAUGAUCCUGCGUUCCGGGUUUUGUUCUUAGAAAUCUGAUCCAUCAACCAGGCAAUAACUGCAGUUCAAGAGAGAGAGAGGGAGGACAAGAAGAAAGUACUGGGGGGGAGCAGGGAUAAUUGGCUAAGCCGAGAUGUAACAAAGUUCAAAGAGGUUACAAUCCUAGUAUUAGAACAAGCUACAAUAUUGGGAAUCCAUCAUUUUCAGCUACAGUGUUGGGCAUCAACAGCAAGAAACAAAUGAAGCUCGGUAAACCCCUUGGGACUGGGGAGCAGCCUAAUCAGCACAGCUGACCCCACACUCUUUCCUCUCUCCACCGUCUGUAGUGGGGGUAAACAAGGGGUGAAGGAUUCCAACAAUGAAGCUGAAUGAGCGAAGCGUGGCACAUUAUGCCACCUGUGACUCUCCAGCAGACCACACUGGCUUCCUGUGCAAGCGCGUGGAGCGCCACCACCACACCACCUCCUACCACCGUCGCUGGUUCAUCCUCAAGGGCAACUUGCUGUUCUAUUUUGAGGAGCGGGAGAGCCGUGACCCUCUCGGGCUCAUUGUACUGGAGGGUUGCACUGUGGAGCUGUGUGAGGCUGCUGAGGAGUUUGCCUUUGCCAUCCGCUUUGAUGGUGCCGGCGGCAAGGCCUACGAGUUGGUUGCAGACUGCCAUGCUGCUAUGGAGGCCUGGGUGAAGGCCCUUUCACGGGCCAGCUUCGAUUACAUGAGGCUCGUGGUCAGGGAGCUAGAAAAACAACUGGAGGAGGCUCAAAAGAGCUUGGCCGCCUGCCAGAAAUUGCCAAAGAAGUUAUCCUCCUCUGGCCGGAAGAGACACCUCUCCAAUCCUGCUAUGGUGCCCAUCCAAGAGCACCCGGUUAUCUUGGAGAAUGGUUACUCCACAUGGGGCAAUGGUUGCUCUCUUGCCGGAGUGGUUUCUUUGGACCAAGAUGGGGGAUAUUUGAAACCUCCACCUUUACCUCCGCGUCGAAGGCAGGCAGGCAGCAGUGUAAGUGGAGCACCUGUUGUUGGCCUGGCUUCUGCUGCACUGGAGAGUCCCGUGUCUCCAGAGACAGCCUGCUUCUCAAAGUUGCAUGAUUGGUAUGGUCAGGAGAUUGCAGAGGUAAGGAGAGAAUGGCUGGAAAUCCAGAAAAAAGCAGAAAUGUGAACACAGCGAGGGAAGGGAAAAUAUGUGCUGUUACAUAUAUUGUACUGUAUUUUUUGGAUUAUUCUUCCAGCCAAAGAAGACCUAAAUUGCUUUCUGGAAUAUUAACUGCAGGUAUAAGUAUGUCCUGGGAUAUGCACUCCACACAGCCUUCUAUCUCCAGGGCAUUUAUAAAUGGCUCCAAUCUCUCCUGGAAACCAAACUAUGCACCACCUGUAAUUCAAGCAGAAUGUUUGUGCAAGAGGCCUGAAGGUACUUUCUCACAUUUGGCCCUGGGAUCAGUUCAUUAGUGGGGUGUCCAAGACAAAUUUUAUUGCACAAGUUCAUAGACCUCCAAUCAAUAAUCCUCUUGAGUUUCGUGGAAGUCCUGCCAUGUGUUUAUGAAGCCAGGAACAUCGACGUUGGACUGGGUCGGUGAUGUUUGAAAGUGUCUUUAGAUGAUGACUCUCCAGUGGAGUGUGUAUACUGGGAGAACUAGAAAGCGGGAAGGAGGAGCUGAUAUGAAUAAGUUUUAAAAUGCUUCUCUUCAUAACCUACAGCUUGAGAGGAGUGGUCUGAACAUUGACCAGCCAAAGCAGACAAAUAGGUUGGGUCUACUCGGUGAGAGGAAAGGGCUCUUCAGGAUUAGAUUUAGGGACUGGUGAGCCUGGAAAUUGAUCCUAGUGUGCCAGACUUUAGGGACAGUGGUACUGGGCAGUUCAGGAAUUUUAAAAAUCAAACUGUUUCUAUAAAAUUAGGGGAAAGAAACUUGUUUUUAUUUGCUUAUAUAUGGUAUGCAUACAUACAUUUGCUUGCAUGGAUCUGUAAAUCUGUAUAUGACGGGUAAAUCAUUCAUACAAAUCAUGAACCAAAGUUCGGAAAGGGACUACAAAUGCAGCUUUUAAAAAAAUGCACAGCAAAAACAAUCAGAAUAUACACCAAAUGUGCUCCUUACUUGGUGUGGCAUUUGGUCUAAGACUGGCCCUCAGGCUCUAGCAUUGUAUUGCUGAAUAUGUUUUAUUUGGAUAGAUCAGAAAGGAGAAGCUGAAUGCAAGUGAAGGGGUGGGCCAUAUGUGCUUACCUAGUAUUGUUCUGGGGCUAAAAGCAGUUUCAAUAUAGCAGCUUCUUUAUACAGAGGAUAAAUCUAUUUUUCACUGUCCUCUCUCUUGCUGUAUACAAGACUUAUUGGGGGUGUUUUCAUCUCUGUAUUCUAGUUUUAUGUAUGUAUGUUUAUA